AUGGCAGAAUCAGAUAGUAAACUAUCAGGCGUUAAUAUAUGUGCUGUUAAACCCACAUCAAAACUGCAAUUGGAUGAAAACAUAGCAGCAUAUUUAGAGAAUAGGCAUUUAGUGAGAGAUAAACACAUUGUAGCAUGUCAAAAUGAUAAAAUAGAAAGGAUUGUCACUAAUUAUGUGAUAGCUAAACAAAUUCUGAGCAAUAUGAGAUGGCAGGAUAAGCUGCUAUAUAAACAUGUAUGUAGUACUUGGCUUUCUGCUAUCAAUGCUCUUAGGAAGGAACAAUUAUGCCCUGUUGAUUUUUCAAUAAAGCAGGGUCAUAUAAAACAGUCAUCUACAUUUUCUAACGAACCAUUAGCUGUGUUUACAUUUAUGAAUGUAACUGAGUUUCCUAAAACAAUAAGUUGUAAAAAUACAUCUCCUUGUUGUUGUGAUCCACCAUGCGGAAAGGAUCAUCUUGUAAUUGAUGCUAUCCACAAAUUGUCAACGGCACCAAAAGAAUGUAUGAUGGGAGUCAAAGCGUUAUAUGUAGCAUAUAUGCCUUUACCUAACUCAAACACAAAAGAAAACACGCUCACAUCAACUCAGUGUAGCCUGUCUUCAUUCACUGGAGGAAUCUUUAUACCUGUUAUACCUAAUGUCAAGUUUAAUAUGAUCAACUUGAAAGACUAUAAGCAAAUGAAACAACAAUUUUACACAGCUGUUGAUGAUAUUGUAAAAGAUAACAUAAUUAAAGGACUUUUAGUGUUUGUGACAGACAAACAUCUUUUAAAUUCUGUUGAAGAUGUUGUCUUUUUUAAUCAUGUAAAGGAAGUGCAACCUGAUAUACCAUAUGCAAUGGGUGGAUGCAUUUGUGAAGAUACAGUGUGUGAUUCAAAUGAUAUAAAUCAUUUAGUGAGUGACACUUCAGGGGAUGCAGUAAGCGACAAUCUCAUAUCUAUAGGCAUAUUCACAAUUCCCAAGAAUACUGUAAACGAAAGCAAUUUUGAUAUGUUCUCAUUAAUAAUUGAAUCUUCUGAGUGGGACAAGCAAAAGAUACAUUCGUCUCUUACACAGUUUUCCAAGUCUGUCCCACGAUUCGAGCAUAGCGUUUGCUUCAAACUUGCUUGCAUAGGUCGAGACCGGAAGCACAAAUUUGAACAAGACACAUUCCGAUCUGUUUUCCCAGACACUCCAUUAGUCGGUUGCUAUGGCAACGGGGAAUUGGGUAUCGACCACCCGGCAAAACCUUUACCGGAGAAGCCAAAGAGAUUACGGCGUUCUGUAGGUCCACAUUUCGGUAUAAUUUAUUCAUACUCCACUGUCUUCGUUUAUAUGGGCUGGGGAAAGAUUACACUACCAUCUACAUUGCCGAAAACUUAAAUAUUUUAUACAGAUUUUAGUAAUGUACUGGUACUAGUUGAUAUUAUGACUAUUCCAGCACAUUAAUGCAAGUCUAAUUUUUAAGGGUAUACCGGGUAAACUGUACCCACUCUGGGUGUGUUUUCACAUCAUGCACCUUCUAAUUCCAAUACUAAUGUAUCCUUAGCACAAACCUUAGUUUUAGUAUAAGUAUAUUCAACUAUUAGUUUUAUUUUUAAUAGCUUAUGUUAACAAUGUGAUUAUUCGGUAAUGGCUUUAAAAAAUUUAGUUUACAGAAAUAUUUGCAGCUUCAACGCUUAAUUAACUUAUUGCUGGAUGCUUAUCCGAUUUUGUUAGAUGGAUUUUGUCGUGUAUUUAUUAAAUUACGAGUGGUUUUCGUAUUCACUUAAUACAUGGUUUAAUCAAAACCUAUAUAUUAAAUUGUAUUAUACAGAUUAGAUACUGAUAUUUAGACUCGAUUCCCUGUCACCUUUAAGCAUAGACUUCAUUCACACUUAAUGUCCAUUUCUCCACAUUUUUAUAUGAAUAUAACUCAUUAGUGGUAUAAAUGUUUUAAGACUAAUAUAUUGAAAGUUAUUCUAAAGAAUAACUUAUGCCGUAUAGAUACGGCAGCUUGUAUGUUAUGACUAUAUUUAUUUACUUUCCGAAUGAAAAUUGUGCCUCGCAGCAGCGCACGGAGGUGAACAAAACGCUUUCAUAUAUCGUGAUAUGUUAUAUGAUUAAAUGUAAGCAGUGUGAGAUUUCAUGGUGUUUUAAAUUUUUACAUUUUUGUAAAAACGCCCCUAUAGGUAUAAAAUAAGUAAUA